GUAAACAAAUGUGAUUUACAUUGCGGCUUAUGAGUGAAUUGAAGUAUAUUGAUUAUAUCAUCGGUUUAUCUGAAUUAGAUGAAUCAUUUUUUAAAUAAUUUUUUUUACUUUAACUUAGAAUAUAAAGUAAUCUAGUUAAUCAAAACACUGGCAUAUUUUCUUUUCUGCUAUUAUUACCUACCUUAAGAUGUCGAUUGUCCAAAUCGCUGAACUUAGUGGUCAUAAGGAUAGAAUUUGGUCUGUUUCUUGGAAUCCUUCAGGAACAUUAUUAGCUAGCUGUGGGGCUGAUAAAACUAUUAGGAUUUGGGGAAAAUCUGGAAAUUCUUGGGAAUCUUUAGCUAUACUUACUGAUGCUCAUCUCCGGGCGAUUCGUAGCGUUGCUUGGUCACCAAAUGGUUCAUUGUUAGCAUCUGCUAGUUUCGAUGGUACCACUUGUAUUUGGGAUCGUCGGGGCGGUGAAUUUGAAUGUGUAGCCAAUUUAGAAGGUCAUGACAAUGAAGUUAAAAGUGUUGGAUGGUCAGCCUCUGGACGUUUCCUUGCCACUUGCAGUCGAGACAAAACAGUUUGGAUUUGGGAAGUUGAGGAAGACAACGAAUAUGAUUGUGCUAGUGUCCUUGCCUGUCACAGUCAAGAUGUUAAACGUGUUCGUUGGCAUCCUCUUGAAGAUAUUCUUGCAUCUGCAAGUUAUGAUGAUACUAUUCGAUUUUACAAAGAAGAUGUUGAUGAAUGGGCUAUGUUACAAACCCUAACGUCUCAUACAUCCACAGUAUGGGCCAUUGAUUUUAAUAAUGUAGGUGACAUGAUGGCAUCAUGCAGUGAUGAUAAAACUGUAAAGAUAUGGCGGCAGUAUCUUCCUGGAAAUUCAGAAGGUGUUCCAACUACUGGUGAAGAUCCAGCAUGGAAAUGUGUUUGCACUUUAUCUGGAUAUCAUGAACGAGCUAUAUAUGACGUUUCAUGGUGCCCAGCAACAGAUCUAAUAGCUACAGCUUGUGGUGAUAAUGGCAUUCGAGUAUUUAAGGAGGCUCCAGAUUCAGAUCCACAUUCACCUACAUUUAAUCUAGUUGCUGCUGAUAGGGAUACUCAUGAUCAAGAUGUGAAUUGUGUGCACUGGAAUGCAAAAACUUCAGGAUUAUUGGCAUCAGGUGGUGAUGAUGGCAUUGUUAGGUUAUGGGAAGUGAAAGAAUAAGUGAUUUUGAGAAAUUUUAGGACACAAAACAGCUGUUAAAUUUUUAAUGUUUAUUAUUUGUGGAUGUAUAAACUGUCUGUGUAUAUUUUGAUUCCUCGCAAUAUUACUGAUCAACUAAUAUGCCAUUAGUUCCUCUCCUCCCAAUCAUUAUCAAUAUUUUUGCUCUUUCAUGAACAUUUGUAUUCAGUUUGUUAAACUAAAACAUCUUUUAAAUCUAAAGGAUUUUUAUGAAUCAUAUUAAUUAUAAUAUAUGAUAUUUUCAUUUCAAAGUAUAUCUUUUUUAAAAAGAAAAUGGAUACAUGUAUGUAGCAAAUUUCAUUAUCUCAAAAAUGCCACAUGCUGUCUUAAUUUUUUUGUAAUAUAAGAUGCUAAUAAGAUGAUGUCUUUGUAUAUCAAGUUUGUAUUGUAGUAUUGUACACACAUAGUAUCAUUAUGUAUUAAAAUAAUGAAUUUUAAUUCCAUUAAAAUGUAUUAAACUUGUGAAAUUUAUAUAGUUUACAUGCACAUACUGCUUGUUAUUAAAUUUUGGAUUAUAUUUAUCAGAUUGUUAAAUACAUAUGUAGAUUGUUAAUUUUUACAUUUAUUUUCAAAUAAUUUUUUAAAGUUUAAUAAUUUUGUGCAGAGCUAUUCUUUAAUGAUAAUAUACCUCAUAAGUAAACAGUGUCAGAUCUUUUUAUAUGAAGUAUUUUGAAUGAUUUAAUAUUUGUUUAAUUUUGUAUGUUUUCAAAUGAUUUAAUAUUUGUUUAAUUACUUUUUUUUUUUCAAAAAUUUUGCUGAUAUAUAAUAAUCAGUAAGUUGAAUGAGCAUUCAAUUGAAAUAAUUUAAAUCAUAAUCUAAUAUUGCAAAUUUAAAAUUAUUUAAAAACAGCUAGACAAAAGUAAAACAUUUAGAUUGUUAAUUUUUGGUGAACUAUGCUUAUUAGAUUUUCUUUUCUGGUAAAAAUAUAUAGAUUGAUAGAAGAUUGAUGUUAAUUUCAUUUUAUUAUUGAAAUGAAACUGCUUGCUAUUUUGGUAGGUAUGUAUAAAAUAGGCUCCUAAUUCAUUUUCACUUUUAUAUAGUUAAUUCAAAAUGCAAUCAAAUAUCUAUAUAUCGAACUUAAGAGCUCUUGGAAAAAAUCAUUUCACAUACAGAAAUAUAUAUUAGAAAGUUUUCAAUAUUUUUUUUAUUAAAUAAAGAAGGCAUAAUUAAUGUUUUAGAGCUAAAAAAAGACUUAAUUUAAACUAUCAAAUCAAUUUAUUUUAAA